ACUGAUGCACACAGUCUUGACUCGUCUUGUCAACUGACGAGUUCGAUAUUUGAGUACUGACACUGCGCCGUCAUUACCGCCGCGUGUAAAAUAUUUCGCGAACGCCCGCCUGUCGGUGUUACAAGUGUUUGCGCGCGCUCGCGGUUUCCCCUCAAUCGAACUGGGUGCAAAAGUUUAGAACGCAGUCUCCAGAAUUAUCCCAGGAUGCAGCUUCCAUUGGCGAUCGGUUUGAUCUGCUUGGUGCGGAUCACGUUGGCAGUUCCGGCGGGCCGAAACAGCUCCAGUUGCAAUUGCGUUUGCGGCGUCAACGGUCGAUCGAAUCGGAUUGUCGGAGGGGAGGAAACCAACGCUCACGAGUACCCCUGGCUGGCGGCUCUUUUCCGUCAGGGAAAACUGUAUUGCGGAGCAUCCGUUCUGUCCCGGAAUUACCUGGUCACCGCUGCCCAUUGUGUCAACUCCUUCGAACCGACUGAAAUCAGGGUCUACCUCGGAGGACACAACAUUGCCAAGGACUACACGGAACUGCGUCGCAUCAAGCGAAUCAUCGAUCACGAAGAGUUUGACAUCUUCACCUUCAACAACGAUAUUGCUCUGCUGGAGCUGGACAAACCACUGCGGUAUGGACCUACGAUUCAACCUGCUUGCCUGCCGGACGGAAGCGAGCUUGACUUCACCGGAUCUCUGGGUAUCGUUGCCGGUUGGGGACGAGUCGAGGAGAGGCGACCACCAUCAAAGACACUGCGAUCGGUUGUGGUUCCGAUCUGGUCCCAUGAGCAGUGCCUGGAAGCCGGGUACGGUAGUAAGAAGAUUUCCGACAACAUGAUGUGCGCCGGGUACCAUGAUGGAAAGAAAGAUGCUUGUCAGGGUGACAGUGGUGGUCCAAUGCACAAGAUGGGCAACGCCGGCAGCAUGGAGGUAAUCGGAGUCGUGUCCUGGGGCCGUGGCUGUGCUCGGCCCAAUCUACCUGGCAUCUACACCAGGAUCGUCAACUACUUGCCGUGGAUUCACGAGAAGCUCGGUGGAGAAUGUAUGUGUGUGCCAAAAAAUGUCGCUGCCAGAAGUAACGAGUGAUGCAGAUGAAAUUUGAUCUCAACUGGAUAGGAAAGGACCUGCAACGGGUGA